AUGUUCGUCCAUGGAAAGUUUCGCUCCUCUGCCACGUCCAUCGUCCAGGCGGCGGAGUCGAUGCAGUCGGGCGUCGAAGGAGGGUGUUCAUCGACCAAGACGGAAUCGGCCGUGGGAAAGAUCGAGCGCUCCCUCCGAAGCCUGCUCGGCAAGGUCGCGAAGCACAGCGACUUCGAAGACGCCCAGCUGUUCCUCUUCUUCAAGGAGAAUUUGCCGGACCUAGAGGGGCAGAUUAGGGACCUAGAAGCCGACCAUUCCGAAACGAACCUCGGAAACGAUGCCCUCGACCGCAUCAGGAACCUGCGGUCGGCCCCCACAACGGCCGGAGCGGUUAGCGGCGGCGCCGAUGUCGCCUCCGCCCAAGCCGUGGUGGUCGCCCUGAAGGCCUACGCCGAGAGCCUGGAGAUCCACCUGGAGAGGGAGGAGAGAGUCCUGGUCCCCAGGUGGCUCAAUCUCAGCGCCGAGAUGUACGCCAAGUAUCGUACGUACCUUGUGGGGAAGUACCGCCUUGUGUACUAA